CAGAGCAGUAAACAACGAACAGCGCUUAGUGCCACAUCACGGAAUCUUAUCGCUCUCGUUCGACCAAAAGCCAAAAACCCAACCAAAACCGACUAACCCGAGACCAGAAACCCGGACCCCCGAGCAAAUACGAAGCUGCCUCGGCUGUAGAACAAACAAGUCAUCUAGUAGCGUGCUGUUGCUGUUGCUGUUGCUGUUGCUGCAGCAACAACAACUACAAAUCGAGACAUAUAGUACAGCGACGGACCAGGUGAACCAGCUUCAAAGGAGUCACUCACACACACGCACACUCGCCCUCUGACGCAUGAUCUUUUUGGCGAGAGAGCGGAGCAACAACAACAGCGCAAGAAGCUGCUGCGCAGUUAGCGGAAAACAAAAAGAGACAAAGGAGGAUAAGAAGGAGAAAGAGAAGGAGCGGAUAACUAGUUAAAAUUUAGUUACAACUACUAUUGUAAUGGCAGCUAUUGCGGCAUUGCCAACUACCACGUUGCGUCGCAACAACAACAAAGGGAUCAAAUCCCGUCGAAAUGAGCGUAAUAUCCUAACUUUCUACGAAAAGAUUGCCGUGAUCCGUUACUAUGAGGAGACCAAUAUUUCGAGAAACAGUUUGGCCAAGAUGUUCCACUGCUGCGCCACCCAAAUUCGCCGGAUCCUGGAUAAGAAAAAGGACCUGCUCCAACAAUUGGCCACCUUGAGCGAAGCCGAUGCUUCUAUUAUUAUUGAAGAGAUGACGCGCAAGCGCCGUAAGUUCGAGAUGAGUGCCAUUAGUUUCCUUUUACACGAAUGGGUAGAAAGAUGCACCCAACUCCACUUGAACAUAAGCAUUCGGAACCAAAAACUCAAGGAAACAGCUAUCAGAAUGGCAGCAGUUUUAAACCUGCCCUCAUUUAGACCCUCUUAUCGGUGGCUAAACCGAUUCCGUGGAAAGUACAAGUACGAGGCCGAUGAGUUGGGCUACCAGGGAGAGAAUCCCUUAAACCAGGAUCUGCCUGUCGAGGACAUCAUUGUGGAGUUCAAGCAUGCGCUGCCGAACUUUAUGCAACGCGAGUUGGCUGAGCCAGCCGAAGGUGCGACUAAAGGACCUGUUGUACCAGAUUUCGUUAACCUCUCUAGUGAGAAUAGCCUGAUGUCGGAUCACCUCGAGGAGGAUGAUGGAGUGGAGAUGGUCACCUGUGAGCCCACCAUGGUGGCCUCACCAGGCAGCACGCCAGAAGAAGAGGAGGAGGAGGAGGAAGUAGUCUCUCCCCAGGAAGGCCAGGAAAACACCGAGGAUCAAAUGAACGCCGGGACCAGCACCCUGCUGAAUGGCGUUUUCCCGCACCUGGCCAUCAUCCACCAGUUCGCUCUGAUGAACUCGGAUGUUCAGGCAUUGGAGCUCAUCUCCCAGCUGGGCGUGCACAUGCAGCAGCAGGCUGUUUCUGGAGCUUAUCGCACCCUGUCGCUGGCGACGACGAAUGGAGUUGGCGAUGCCCAAACGGAUUCGGUAACAAACUCCCUGCCAGAACUGCCACCGGGUAGCAUUUACGCAGAUAUCGAUGACAUCGAGUUGAUCGAGUAGGAUCGCCAAAUGGAAACCAAUUCUAAGCUAGCCUGAGCUUCAAUGCCAUAAAAUAGUUGUCUAGUAUUUAUGAUCUAUACACUUAAAAGUGAUUUGAUUUAUAUCAUUACGAAAGUACUUAGUAAUACUGUCGAUUUUAAUUGAGUUUUUUAAGAGAGCUUACGUUUCAAUUAGUUUUAAAUAAACAAGCACUGCUUAUGAUGUAAACGUUUAAA